CACCCGUGACACAAACAAAGAGGCACCCUGAUGCUAGUACUUCAAAAUGGUUUUGCUUUGGGUAUUUUGAGGACAUCACUGCAUUGAUGCUCUUUUCUCCUCUGUAACAUAAAUGGACUGACACGAUCUGAGAUGGUGCUGAAAGAUCUUCCCAGGGAGGCCCUCCUGAGGCCCCUGACUCGAAAUGAAGUCCUGGGGAUGCUAGUCAGGCUGACUAUCUUUGGAGCUGCCACUUACUACAGCAUCAAAUGGGUGGUGGAGGCUAUGGAUCCAACUUACAAGCAGAAAAAUCAGGCCAAGAAACGGGCAGAGCAGCUGAUGAAAAGGAUUGGUGUCGAGGGAGUCAGCCUGACAGAGUAUGAAAUGAACAUUGCAUCUCACCUUGUUGAUCCUCAAACUAUGAAGGUGACCUGGAGAGAUAUUGCUGGUCUUGAUGAAAUUGUGCAUGAGCUUCAGGACACAGUGAUCUUGCCCUUUCAGAAAAGACACCUGCUGGCAGGAUCCAAACUUUUCCAACCCCCUAAAGGUGUUUUGUUGUUUGGUCCUCCUGGCUGUGGGAAAACUAUGAUUGCAAAGGCCACAGCUCGAGCAUCUGGAUGUAAGUUUAUAAACCUGCAGGCGUCCACUCUGACUGACAUGUGGUAUGGAGAGUCCCAGAAGCUGACCGCUGCUGUUUUCUCACUGGCUGUCAAAAUCCAACCCUGCAUCAUCUUUAUUGAUGAAAUUGAGUCAUUUUUAAGGAACCGGUCCAGUCUUGACCAUGAGGCCACAGCUAUGAUGAAAGCCCAGUUCAUGAGUCUCUGGGAUGGGCUGGAUACAUCCACAACAACUCAGGUAUGGUUAAUGGGUGCAACAAACAGGCCCCAGGAUGUGGAUCCAGCCAUUCUUCGCAGGAUGCCUACUACUUUUCAUGUGGGACUGCCAAAUGUAAGGCAAAGACAGGAGAUCCUGCGCCUGAUUUUAGCCGGCGAAAAUUUGAGCAAUGCAAUAAACCUCAAAGAAAUCGCAGAUAAAACCGAGGGGUACAGUGGCAGUGACCUCCGGGAGCUGUGCCGGGACGCUGCUAUGUACCGUGUGAGAGACUAUGUCCGAAAGGAGCAGAUGAGGCAGAUCGCACAGCAGCUUCAGGAUGACAAAGAGGAGGAAGAGAAACCUGUGUCUGAAAGGCGUUUGAGGCCAGUAACUCAACUCGAUCUCCUGUUUGGACUGGACAAGAUGAAGGAAUCCAAACGGGCGACAGUCAUCAUGUCACCUGUAGCUGCAGAUGUGCCACUGGACUAAUCACAACACAUCAACCAUGUUUUACACAAAGUUACAGUUUGUCGCCACGCAGACACAAAGCCAGUAAGAGGUCAGAAAUAAAUGCAUGUGUUUGUUCUGAGCGUAAGAGAAUGAGCAGUUCCAAAACAUCACUGUUUUAGGUAUUGAUCACAUAUUUUAAAAACUCUCUCGUUUCAGCUGUUAUUUUUUCAGCAAAUAAUUGUAACAGAACACCAUGUUUUUGAAAUUAUUAGAGCCAAACAAACUUUCUGAACAAAAAUGCUGUGUAUGUUCUUUCAGACUAUCCUGUAUUGUAUCACUAGAAUGUAGUACUGUAUAUCAGGAGCCACUUGUUACAGUAUUGUAUUACCGAGUUGAUUUUAUGCCAGUGUCAAGUAUGUUGUCUAUGUCUAAGUAUGUUUAAUGUAAUCAUUGCUAUUUAUUUAACCCUUUUUUGUUUUAAAAUGGCAGAAAAGUGCCAGAUGCAACCCACAGGGCUAUUUGUGCCAUUUUAUUUUUAUGUCCAUGAGGAGGAGUUGGGAAACUCUUUGAUGGACUGUCAAGCUGUCAGUCUGAAGUUAUAUGACAUGUUUUUCUUUUCUUUGUUCAAAUGAAAGGCUCAUUGUUUGCCCUAUAGCCAAAGAGAACCACCAGCUUUCAAUUCAAUGUUUUACAUAAAGGGACAUCUAAAUAUGACCUCAUGGGGGCGCCGUAGCUGCACUGCUCUGUGUUGGGCAGGCACGCUGCCUCAGAAAUGUGAGCUCCCAUUUGGCUUUACAACAUUAGCACAGGAAAUGAAUUUAAGAGGCUGCAUGUGAGACUGUGCCGGCCUUAUUGGUUUAUUUGGUAAUUUUUCCACAUCUGUGUCUCUUCAUUAGAGCACCUCAGGUGACAGUGAAAGGUCAGGCUGUUGCUAAGAAAACAAAUAAGUGUUAGAGUGCCCCUGUCGCCUCAGACUUCGAUCUUUUCUGAGAAACAGGUGGUUAUGGUUGGGUUUGGAAAUGUGACCUAUAAUUCAACAACCGUAUUAGAUUAAAUAAGAUCGAAUACUGCUGCAUGUGACACAUUCACCUCUGGUCCCAGUUUAUGAAUGUAAGAAUACACAACCCUCCUAAUAAACCCUCUAUGGGUAAAACAUGA